CUUGCAAAUGCACUGCAUCCUUUGGUGGUUCUUUGGAUUGUAGCUUUCUGGGGAGCAGUCUGAGCCAUUAUUAUUAUUAUUGUUGCUGCUGUUGUACUUAAUAGGGUUCAAGCUUCCCCAGCUGCAGUGCCUUUUCUUCAAUGAUAAUGGCCCAGAUUCUUCUGCUAGUUCAAUGGCUUUUCAUGAUUGCUGUUACGAUUUCUGCCCAGAAAACUUUAAAAACCACUGGACUGAGGCCUCAAUGCCUUGGAAAUGUCAUGAGGCUUACAAUUGAUAAAUCCUUUACAAUUGGAGGCCAACUUGACGUGGAUGCAAUCAAUGGCAGUCAUUACUACCCAAUCACACAGAGCAUAGCACCUGCAUGUGGCUACAAGAAGACUGUUGACCACUGGGGCAAUGUUAAACUCUUUGCCUCAGUCUUGAGCUGCUACACUCAAAACCAAGAUGAUGAGGAUUUUGACGUGAAGCUGCGUUUAACAAUGAACAGUGAGCAGAAAUCUGACAAGGCAGACGUGCAUGAACUGUCCAAAACAUGCAAAUAUAACCAGUGGGCUGCUCGUGAGAUUCUGUGUGACCAGGACUACAUGGAGGUGUCGGUGAACAGGUUGCCCCCACCAAUUGACCCAGCUGCUUAUCCCGAAGAGGAUCAGUGGGUUGGUGCGGUUCCUGAGGCUGUGACCUCUGAGAUGAACAUCUGGAGGAUGGUUUUCUUCACCCCAAGAGAGAAGUCUAUGCUAUUGACUGAUGCUCAAAAGCUUGGCUACUUUGUGUCCACGACACCAACAAGACUUGUGAUCCGAAGCCAUCCCAACAAAACCGAGAUCUACACUGAAAAUGUUGCCAAGGUCUCCAUGAAUGUUCUGAGGGUAACUACCUAUUUCAAGGACCUGUGGUCUGUGACGAUGCUUGAUUCUGCGGUAGCCUGCCCAACCAGUGGUUUGGUUUUCACUGAGGAAACCAUUACUUGGUAUGUGCCACGCCACAUCCACCCACUUCUCACAUCAAAUACCUGUGAGACUCUGGAGGUCCACAUGGGUAUUGAUGGUGAGCGGCUUGACGAGUCCCAGAUGCUCAGCAAGGGCUACACCAUGUCUGUGACUGAUAACCACGUUGUCCUUGAAUUGCCUGUGGGUGGACCUGAUGGCUACUACAAGAGUCAAGUUUCUCAGUAUCAGUACCAUAUCAUGUACUGCAUUGAGGCUAUGUUUGAGAUGGUGUGGAAGGAGGCAGGCUCUGACCUGCUAACCAAAUAUAAGGUCUUGAAACCCAUCACCACCCCUCUGAUGCCCAGACCUCCACAUGUGCUUGACUCUACUGUUCCUGAUGAGCGUAUCUUUGACGUUGCCUUGGGGACCUUCCUUCAUGAUGUGAUCCUGGUGAACAUUACCUUUACCACUGGUGUGCUAACGGUUGCUGAGGCCAAUGCCAGAGGCUUCAAUGUCCAAGAGCAUCGCUUUGCCAAUGGUUCCAAGACCUUUAGUCUACGAGUGCCUUUCUCUGACCCUGUGGUUCUGAAGAGUAACCCUCAGCGGGAACUCACAACCUACACCCUUCCUUUGAUCUUCGGCCUGCUGGUCUUGCCUGAGCAGUCUCCAUUCUCUCAUCCUGCUGAACCGGAAGUGACUCUUCAGGAUGUUGUGUUUCCUGUUGUGACUGGAACCUGUGAUGACGAAAACUACUACAUCACCAUGGCACUUGAAAGUCAUGGCAACGACUAUAAAUACAUUGUGGGCAAGCGAGAGCUGAACGCUGACCUGGCCAGCGAAUACGAUGUCCGUGUGAAUGCUACACACAUGACUAUGAGGGUCUCCUUCCUCUCAUCCGAUGCUGUAUUUACGUUCGUUAUUCCUUCUGCUGCUGGUGGUCGACUGGACUUUAAGGUCAUUGAUCCAAUCAAUAAAUGGAGCCUCACUGACUUCUCUUUGGCUUGUACCUUUCCUAUGCCUUUGACUGAGUGUCACACCAAUGGUACAAUGACUGCCCUAGCCCUGAAGGUCGAGUCAGCUCCAUAUGUCAUCCCCAGUCAGCUCACCCUCAUUGACAGGUCUUGCAAACCAGUGUUCAGCAACGAUCAGUUUGCCUCCUUCUCGUUCGCUGUUAACACCUGUGGAACAGUCCGAAUGUUCUUGGAUGACCACAUGAUUUAUCAGAAUCAUAUCACCAUGCCUGAUCAAGCUGCAAAGAUUGGUUCCCACCCAGAGUAUCGACUCACUGUCUCUUGUUACUAUGUGAACGAUGACAUCAAGAUGAUUCCAUUUAUCCCAGAUGACCUCGGGACUGAGCCCUUUGAGCCACAGAUUGGUUUUGGGGAGAUGAGCAUCCGCAUGAGGCUAGCAAGCGACUUCUACAACACAUUUUACUCUGAGGACGACUAUCCAGUGGUAGAGUACUUGAGGCGCCCUCUUUACUUUGAAGUUGAACUGAUGGACUCCACAGAUCCGGAGCUUGAGCUCUUCGUCGAGAGCUGCUGGGCAACACUGUCAAAUGAGCGGCAGUCCACUCCACGAUGGGACAUCAUUGUUGACGGGUGCCCAAACCACAAUGAUCGUUACAUGGCCACACUGCAUCCUGUAACGGCUGAUGCUAGAGUCCAGUUCCCUUCCCACUUCAAACGCUUUGACAUGAAGAUGUUUUCUUUUGUCCAGGAUAAUGUGGUACUUAAAGAUCAGAUUCAUGUCCACUGUGAUGCUGCCAUUUGUGAUCGGAACAGACAAAGUGAUGGCCUCUGCUACAGGCAAUGCUCUAGUCACCCUGGCAAUGAGCCAAGCAUUAAGAGUCAAGGCAAAACAAGGUUUUCUCCGAGGUCAACGGCUCAACUCUCCUCUGGACGCAUCUUGCUGUCUAAAUGACUUCAAACUUUGUUCGUUACAUGAAUAAAAGGAUUGACUUUAA